AUGAACGUCAAUCAAAAUAACUACAAUAUUGAGCAAUUUAGCGUGGCUACAAGCUUUCGUGAACUUGGAAUUAAAUUUUACGCGGAACGCAUUUUAAAACAACUUAAAUGGCGCGGCGGCGAAAGAGUGCUGGACAUUGGCUGCGGUCCUGGUGACGUCACGAAGAACUGUAUUUACUCUUUUCUGCCUCAAAACUUUGGGAAGCUUGUGUGCGCCGAUAUUUCGCCAGAAAUGCUGAAAGCUUGCAAAUCUAAGUUCACUGGGAUUGAAAAUGUGGAAUUCCUGGAAAUGGACAUAAUGAAAACACCCGAACAAUCAAUGAAAGGCACUUUCGACAGGAUCUUAUCUAUGUAUUGUUUCAUGUAUGUUUCCGAUCAGAAGAAAGCGCUGCAGAACGUCUUUGAUCUCCUGAAGCCUGGCGGAGAUUGCUGGAUUUUGCAAGUCACUAGUACUCCGCUCGUCUCACCGAUUUUCACACUAGCCAAGACGCCAAAAUGGAAGGACAAGUUAGCGAACUUCAGAGACUUUUACGUUUACCAGUUUUAUGAAGAUCCCAAUCCAAUUGAAAAUGGUGAAACAUACAUGAAAUCUGUGGGUUUCACAGACGUUUCAGUCAAUCUGGACAGGGUUUAUAACCAAAUGGAAUCUUUGGAGAGUUAUAAAGGUGACACCGAACACAAUAAUGGUUAA